CAGGUAUAAAUGCAGUUCUUAGAGGAAGCAGUAGACUAGAAGGACCUGGCAGAGACAGAGAGACAAGAAGCUUUCACAGGUUUUGACACACAUCUCAAGAUAGCACUGAAACACUGACCUGACAGAAUGUUCUCAAUCCUGGGGUUCACCGUGUUCUUGGCUGGCUGCUUGGCAAUGCCCAUCAAAGACCCCUACUCGUAUUCCUCUGCGGUGGGUCAGGGAGGUGGCACCCCAUUUGCUUCCUACGGUGAGGGACGCAUCACGGGAGUCAGAGUGUGGGAGACCAACAACAACUACUACUACUACUACAACAACAAUGCCUACAUCAGUGGGUUCCAGCUGAGAUACGGCAACACCUGGUCUCCUGUGUUCGGUAACGAAGGGAGUGAAAAGCAGGAGAUGGAGCUGUUUAAUGAUGAGGCCAUCGUCGAGGUGUCUGGGAAGUACAACCCAGCAGACUACAUCUGCUACCUGGUGUUAACCACCAACAUGGGGCGCACUCUGUCAGCCGGCAUGCCCAACCAUGUCUCCUUCAACUUCUACCCAGCCAACAUGGGCAAUGAGCUGAGGAUCCUCAGCGGUCGCUUCAACGGUGCUGGAAUCACCUCCAUCGGAGCCCACUGGGGAUUGGUGGACAUGGAAGGGGCUGGAAACCGUACUCUGGAAACAGAACCUCCUCUUCAUUGAAAAAAAAAGUAUGUCUUGCUCUUUGGGAUGGCAUCCCAGAUACAGAUUAAGCCUAGUCCUGGACUAGUUACUUUCAAUGGAGAUUCUCCAUUCAACAUGCUUUUUAGUCCAGGAGUAAACUUAAUCUUGGUCCAGGAAACUGACCCUAUAUGUUGGACGGAUGUUUGACAUAGACGCUGACAGAACAGUUUUUUUAUAUCACUAUCUGAUGGGUGCUUCAUGUGUCACGCCCUGACCUUAGAGAGCCUUUUUAUGUCUCUAUUUGGGUUGGUCAGGGUGUGAUUUGGGUGGUCAUUCUAUGUUCUUUAUUUCUAUGUUUUGGGUUUCUAUGUUUUGGCCGGGUAUGGUUCUCAAUCAGGGACAGCUGUCUAUCGUUGUCUCUGAUUGGGAAUCAUACUUAGGCAGCCUGUUUUGCCACCUUAGGUUGUGGGAUGCUGUUUUUUGUUAGCUCUGUGUAGCCUACGGAACGUGACGUUUUGUUGUUUUGGUUGGUGUUCACGUACCACGCUGCACCUUUGAAUGUUUAGAAUAUUUUGGAAGAAUUUUUGAGGUGAUCCCUGACUUGAAGCAGUACAAAAAGACAUCUAAACAUUCAAAUUCAUUCAGUUUAAAUUCUCAUGAUGUAACGCUCGUCGGAAGAAGUGGACCAAGGUGCAGCGUGGUACGUGUACAUGAUUCUUUAUUAAGCGCCCAUCAGAUAGGGAUAUUAAACAGUCCUGUCAGCGUGAGUCACAGACCACAUGAGCCACAUGGGAUUUAAAGGAUUAAUUAUAUCUUUGAUUAAUGGAACAAUCAAAUAUUAUGGGGAGAUAAUAGUGUCUCAGGGUGUUUCACCUUCACUAUUUUAUACACGCUGCAUUUGUUAUUUGUUGUUCCUUUUCUGCUACAUCUGCUUCUGGACAUUUUAAUAAAAAGCAUAUCUUUAA